UAUUAGUUUCAAAAUUUGAAGUCUGCAACGAUCUCCAUUUUACACUUCCUCUGGUCCCCCCGCCCCUCCCCCGUCGCUUUUCCUGCUUCAUCGUCUAGGCUUAGACUCGGGGUCAGGGUUCGGGUUUCACAUUUUUCCUUUUCCUUUUAUCUGGGUUCAAUGAAAUGAUGGUUUGAGUUUGGGAAAUUGGAUAAUUAGCUGCAGUCUGUUGCCGGAUUUGGAGUUCCGGCUAUAAUGGCGUACGAGUUAGAGAUGAGCCCGCAACUGGAGCAGAUCGAUGGAGAAAUUCGCGACAAUUUCCGGGCUCUCGCAAAUGGUUUCCAGAAAUUGGAUAAGAUUAAAGACCCCAAUAGGCAAAGUAAACAAUUGGAGGAACUCACAGGAAAGAUGAGGGAGUGUAAAAGGUUAAUUAAGGAGUUCGAUCGCGAUAUUAAAGAUGAGGAAAAUAGAAAUCCUCCUGAGUUAAAUAAGCAACUCAAUGAGAGAAAACAAUCCCUGAUCAAAGAGCUGAAUUCCUACGUGGCAUUGAGGAAAACGUAUAUGAGUAGCCUUGGUAAUAAAAGGAUUGAACUCUUUGACAUGGGAGCAGGAGUUAGCGAACCUGCAGCUGAGGAAAAUGUUCAAAUGGCAUCAUCAAUGACCAAUCAAGAGCUUAUCAAUGCUGGGACAAAGACAAUGGAUGAGACUGAUCAGGCUAUUGAGCGCUCUAAAAUGGUUGUGGAAAAAACAAUUGAAGUUGGAUCUCAGACUGCAGUAACCUUGAAAGGACAAACUGAACAAAUGGGUCGUAUCGUAGACGACCUGGAUUCAAUUCACUUCUCGAUCAAGAAGGCUACUCAGCUGGUGAAGGAGAUUGGUAGGCAGGUGGCUACUGACAAAUGCAUCAUGUUUUUUCUGUUUCUUAUUGUCUGUGGUGUAAUAGCCAUCAUUGUCGUGAAGAUUGUGAACCCAAACAAUACAAGCAUCAGUCCCAUCCCUGGGUUGGCACCUCCAGCACCGGCGAGGAAGUUGCUAUCUGUGCAAGUUAUGGGAGUCUAGUUCCAUCGUUCCAGAGGAUUAGUGAUUCUUAUGCCCCAGCUUGUGAUCGAACUGAGGGUGCUGGAAAGAGGCAACAUUACAUUGAUGGUUGUCUAUUGGGAGACAGUCAUUUUGCUCUGUACUCUUUGUUUUUUGAGAUGUUCAUAAUCCUGGUUACCAUUCUUUGUGUAAAUCAUAUCGUGAGGCUGUUUUGUUUUAUCUUUUAACCCUAUUGGGUUGUACGAGUGAUAUCUAUUGAUGUAAUCCCUUGAGACUUGGUGUUCAAAGACUGCAUUAUUGCCGAAGCUUGUAAAACUACCCUGUAAAGU